CGAACCGACCCUUUUAAUGGCUCCCACGUUUCACUCUAAUCAUUCUCUUUCUCUACUUAGACCCGUUUCCUUCUUCUUAUGUUUCUCUGAAACUCAUGAAAUUUGAGGAACUACUCAUGGAAGAUUCAUCACAGCUACAUAGUAACAAGAGACAUGACUUAGAGGAAGGAGUAAGCACCUCUGUUCCUCACUCAAAAUCUCUAUACCAAUAAUUUGAAUGUUUGUGUUUAUGUAGGUGAUGCAUCUUAAAGAGAGACUAGAGGAAGAAGAAGCAGUGACUAGAACUUUACGAGUUGCUUUUGAUGGCUCUAUUGUUUCUCUCCCAAGUCUCUCCUCAUUGUUUCUUCCACCUCAGUUUUCUGAGCUCAUACAAGAACUAGCCAUCGUGGAGGCAGAGAUUCUCUGUCUAGACCGAAAAAUCGAGGAGCUAAAGCUUAAACUGUAUUCCGAACAGAGACAAACGCAAGAGAUACAAUUGCAGAUGACCGAGCAGAAGAGGACAUUGGCAAGACAGAGCCAUGUGAGACAGAGUACUCUGCCACUAAGACAUGAUCUUCAUCAACGAUCUUUGUCUCAUUGUUACCAACGUUCUACACUAGACACUGCCUCAACUACUCAUUCAAGACUCUCAUUCUCUUACGCUCCUGAUUUCUUGGAUGCCACUUCUUCAGGUGGCUUCACAGACGAAUUUGAUGGAGUCACGAGGAUGCAGAUGGGUAGAGUAAGAAAAGGGCUUCGACUUGUUGAAGCAAAGACCAAAGACGACCCAAACGAAGUAUCAGAACAACUCAUCAACUGUCUUAUAGGCAUUUACUUGGAACUCAAUCAUGUUUCAUCAAAGACCAAAGGGGAUGUCUCGCUCUCAAGAAGGCCAUCUUCUUGUAGCCGGAAAUCAAACACAUAUAGUUAUUAUCAAAAUGCAAUGAAUCUUGAUCCUUAUCACGUAUUGCCAGACUCGAGCGGAGGAGUCACCAGAGACAUUGGCCCUUACAAGAACUUCAUCCACAUUUCAAGAAGUUCCAUCGAUGUGACACAUUUCACCCAUUAUUGUUCACCGGCUGUUCCACGCUUGAGCGUUUUGAUGGAGAAAUUAUCGGAGGUAGAUUUGAGUUUUUUGACCUACAAGCAAAAACUAGCCUUCUGGAUCAAUAUCUACAACGCAUGUAUCAUGCAUGCAUUUCUUGAGUAUGGGUUACCAUCGUCACACAAUAGACUACUUACCUUGAUGAACAAGGCUUCACUCAACGUAGGUGGCAUAGUCCUCAACGCUUUGGCGAUUGAACAUUUCGUCUUGCGGCAUCCUUGUGAACCAGAAGAUGUAAGUGCAUUCCAUCUUAUUUCAUUCCAAUAAAUAUAAUCAAAUACCACAAGAAGCUAAUCAACAUCUUCAUGAAAGAAGGACUCGCUUGACGAGAAAGAAACGCUCCUUCGUCACACUUACGGUUUAGGAUAUUCAGAGCCCAAUGUGACAUUUGCACUUUGCCGUGGAAGUUGGUCUUCACCAGCACUAAGAGUCUAUACAGCAGAUGAAGUGGUGAAUGAUUUAGGAAGAGCAAGAGUGGAAUAUCUAGAAGCUUCUGUGGGUGUUUCAAGCAAGAAAAAGAUUGUGGUUCCACAGCUUCUGCAAUGGCACAUGAAAGAUUUUGCAGAUGAUAUUGAAUCUCUUUUGGAAUGGAUCUAUAGCCAGUUGCCUCGAUCAGGGAACCUAAAGGGCAUGAUUAUGGAAUGUCUAAAGAGAAAAGCAAAAGUUCCUUUAGCUAAAAUUGUAGAGAUUCAAACAUAUGGACACGAAUUUCGUUACUUGUUGUCAUUGUAAACAUGAGAGGUCCUUAUCUAGAAUAGAAUAACAAUGUUUGGUAACUUCUCUCUCGGAUGUACACAUUCUCGUCUGUUGCGAUUUACAACAAAUACAAUAUAGUUUCAUGUGAACACUUUGACAAAAGAAACAAGACAAAAUUAA